AUGCCAGCAGCUGACGAUCUUCGACUGCUGUCUAAGCAGGAGCGUGCUUUGCGGAUUUCUCUAGACAAUCUCAAGGAAUUUGUUCAAACCAAGCACGAAGGAGCGGAUAGACGUGCGCUGGACUUACGAAUUGCCAAGUUAGACGAAAUCUGGGAAAAGUUUAGCAAUGUGCGAAUGCGGAUCGAGCUGCUAACCGAUGAUGUUUCCGAUGGAGAGACGGACCCUGAGGAAACUGAACAAGCCAAGCUACAGCGACACACCAAGGUGAAGAAGCAACAAGACAGCAACAAUGCCAAGAUUCUGAAGGAUUUCGAGAACGACGUUUACCAGUUGAAGAAAAUUAUGUUUGGUUUAAUCCAAGCAGGUACGAGUAACUCAUUGCAGAUUCAGCCACAUGCAUCUGCAGUGGUUCCCCAAUCGAAAGUCAAGCUCCCAGAACUGAAGUUGCCAAUCUUCAAUGGAAGGAUGUCGGAUUGGGUCACAUUUCGAGACACGUACAAAAACCUGAUCCACAACGAUGUUAGCUUGUCCGACAUGGACAAGUUUACUUAUUUGAGAACGUCUCUCACUGGAGAUGCCCUGCAAGAGAUCGCAUCGAUUGAAAUUUCGUCCGCCAAUUAUGCGAUCGCGUGGAAUGCAUUAGAGAACGUGUACGAGAACAAGAAGCUAUUGGUGAUGACACACCUGGAUUCCUUGUUCGCCCUUGAGUCACUUCGUCAAGAAAAUUUCGAUACGUUGAGUAAGCUAGUCAACGGUUUCGAGAGGAACCUCCAAAUGCUCGCCAAGAUUGGUGAGAAUACUGAAGGCUGGAGCACGCUACUGCAGUACAUGCUCUGCAAGCGUUUGCAUCCCACAACGUUGCGGCAGUGGGAAUCAUACUACAAUUCGAAGGAAGUUCCAAAGUAUCAGGACUUAGUAAAGUUUUUGAAAAGUCAUUGUUCCGUAUCACAGUCCAUCGCACCUGCAAAGUAG